UAUCACCUCGUUUUCUUUUUUCCUGUAGUUACCAACUGCACUCGGUUGAGAUCCAUAUAUAACCAAGCAACUACCGCCGCCCGUCUCUCUAGACCGAAGGGUUGCUGCGAGGAGAGAGAGAGGCAGACAGAAUAGAAGGGGAAGGGUUGGUGGUUGCUUGCCGAGAGGUGGGCAUUGCCCUUGAAAUUCUCGGUUCUUUCAUCAGUACAGGACCAAGGAGGUCCGGCAAGGAGACAGGAGGGGGAGGGUACAGCCGUACAGGGAGGGGCACUGGAGUGGUGCCUCCUUUGAUUCUAGACUUCUAGUCGCUUCUUGUUUCUCCUUGUUGGGGAGAGGACAUGGGCGAGAUGGCCAUGGACGGGUACGGGCCGGACAAGGCGGUGCGCUGCAGUGUUAGCUUCGACACGCCGUGCGGCUCGAUGCUGCGCGAGCUCGAGCAAAUAUGGACAGACAUAGGGGAGCGUGAACAAGAUAAAGAUCGCAUGUUCCUGGAACUUGAAACGGAGUGCAUGCGUGUGUAUCGUCGUAAGGUCGAUAGUGCCAAUGCUGAUAGAGCCCAGCUCCGUCAGUCACUGAUGGCAAAACAAGCAGAGCUCAAAGCUUUAGUAGCUUCAAUAGGUGAAGAUACCCCACAACUUAAGGUGGAUGAAAAACAUGCAUCAUUGAAAGAGCAACUUGCUGCAGUGACACCUCUCUUGGAAGAUCUUAGGGCAACGAAAGAAGAAAGAAUCAAGCAAUUCUCAAAUGUGCAAUCUGAAAUUGAGAAGAUAAAUGCACAGAUUUCUGAUCACAGUUAUCAGCAUGAACGUCUUAACAAUGAUUAUGACUUGUCAACCAGAAGGCUUGCUGAUCUUCAAAUGCAGCUGCGCAAUUUACAAAGGGAGAAGUCUGAUCGCCUUCAGAAAGUAUUCGUUUAUGUGGAUGAAGUGCACUGCCUAUGCGCUGUACUUGGGAUGGAUUUUGCAAAUACUGUAAAAGAUGUGCAUCCAAGUUUGCAUGGAACCGACUCAGAAAAUUCAACAAAUAUCAGUGAUAGCACUCUUGAAGGUCUUACUCAGACUAUCUUGAAGCUCAAAGCGGAAAAGAGGAAUAGGGUCUUGAAGUUGCAAGAUAUUGUGGAGAAACUCCACAAGUUAUGGAAUCUGAUGGAGUCAACAGAACAAGAGAGGAGACACUUCGCUGAAGUGGCAGCUAUUCUUGGAUCUUCUGAGGAAGAGAUCACCUCUCCUAAUAUUCUAUCAUUGGAGACAAUUCAGGAGACAGAAGAGGAAGUCGAAAGACUAACUAAACAAAAGGCAAGUAGAAUGAAGGAGCUUGUUCUCAAGAGAAGGUUGGAACUAGAAAAUAUCUGCAGACAUGCACACAUGGAGCCUGAUAUGAGCACAGCACCAGAGAAGAUCAUUGCUUUAAUUGAUUCUGGUCUAGUGGAUCCUUGCGAACUUCUUUCCAGCAUUGAAGAACAAAUAGCAAAAGCAAAUGAGCAAUCCCUAACAAGAAAAGAUAUCAUGGAGAGAGUAGACAGGUGGCUAUCAGCUUGUGAUGAAGAAACUUGGCUUGAGGAAUACAACCAAGAUGACAACAGGUAUAGUGCUGGCAGAGGUGCCCAUUUGAAUCUCAAGCGUGCAGAGAAAGCAAGGGUACUCGUUCAAAAGAUUCCGACUAUGAUUGACAACUUGAUAGACAAGACAUUUGCCUGGGAGGAUGAAAGCAACGUGCCAUUUCUAUAUGACGGGGUUCGUCUGGUUGCCAUUUUGGAAGAACAAAAACUCAGAAGGGUACAAAAAGAGGAAGAUAAGAAACGAUACCGGGACCAGAAGAAGCUGCAGAAUCUAUUGCUUAAAGAGAAGGAGUUGAUCUUUGGGUCCAAGCCUACUCCGAAGAAAACAAGCAGUUUCAACAGGAGGAUGAGCAGCCAUCAUCCAAAUGGAAACGGAUCAGGUUUCAUGACGCCAAUGCCCCGGAGGGUCUCGGCGGGCAGUGCUACUCCUGAGCUCCUGACGCCACGCUCAUAUUCUGGUCGGUACAACACUUACUUCAAGGAGAAUAGGCGGAUGACGCCUGCGCCACUCAACUUCUCGACAGCUUCGAAAGAUGAUAGCAUGUCAUCUUUUGCCUCUAUUAGCGGCUCAGAACCUGAUUCUCCAUUGGUCUUGCACUGACAUUUCUAGUCAGGGAGAAAGGCUUUCAUAGGUGGGAGGGGUGAUGAUGGAGGCUAUCCUUAAGACUGGACCAUUGUGUGUUAGCUGUUGACAAUGCUAAUGAGUGACGACAGAUUGUGACGCGUUUUAGGCAAGACUGCUUGUAGAUACAUGACCUAGCGAUUGUGGUGAUGUUGUAAUUCCAAGUUCCAACUGUGAGGUUGAUCAAUGUUUGGUUAGGGAACAUGAGAAAGUUCUCAAUGCAUUUGUUUUGUGCUAAUUGAUUAUUUCACUAUCUCUGGAUGUGGUAUCACUAAUGUGAAAGAAGAGGUCGAUUUUUUCUAAUCACAAAGGUGUGUUGUAUCC